AUGGAGCAGGAUCUCAUAAUUGCUUUUUACACCUUACAUAACGUGUUGAACUCAUUACUCUUGGGUAUCGAGCUCCCAUACACUUUGUUCCUGUAUCUAGGAAUGGCACAGUCAGAAAUUCGCAACAACAUUGCUCAUCUUGACUACUUGGACUUGCACACACAAGCUGUAAGAUGGCCCGCAUGCAUGUUGGACAUUGCUAAUGCUUUGUGUCCUGGCAUGUUCAAUCCAACUUGUACUUUCACAACGGCACUUGAUGUAUCAGAGCCCAUCAAGAAUGAGGACAAGAAACAAGUCAUUAAAGCAAUAUAUUCUAUAUUCUCGCAGUCAUUUGUGCACAUGGUUUGUCAGCGCAAGUUCAACUGGGAGAGAAUGCAUCUUCCCAAGUCCAUGCUUGAAUCUUUAGAUAAAACCGAACUCGUUGACAAGCCCUCAGCCAAAGAUCUGACCGACUCCUCAUAUAUCUUCCCCAAUGCUUUAAACUCUACUCACAACUCUAAUGACUCCUCCAUGCAUCUCUCCACCCAGUAUGAAGACUGGCGUGAUUCCAUCACAUCCGAUGGCCUGUCAACACAUCUCUCUACUAUGACAUUUGCUAGCACUACUCGUUCCUCUUUACAUUCGCUCUCUGACGACAAUGAUGAUGACAACGAUAACAACACAGCCGAGCUCACUCUUUUAUCUGAGCCAGUUGCACGUGGCACACACAAUAUUCGCAUUCUAAAGCCAGUUCGCAUCCCUAGCCCUUCACCACUCACUGGCCCUACUCAGCACAAGUACCCCUCGAAAGACAAAGUGUCAGGCAAAGCACCAAAGCCUACGCCAUUGGUUGCCUCACCCACUAUUCCACCAAGGCUUCCUAGCCCUCCGCCCUUCAUAAUCUCACCUCGCUCGCCUCCAUUGAAAUAUCCAUCAAGGCUUCCUAGCCCUCCACCAUUCAUAAUCUCACCCAACUCACCUCCAUUGAAAUAUGCUGUAUCUUUGUGUCCUCUGCCAUCACUUACAUCACGCUCUCCACAACGCCAGUCUCCUUCGAAGAAAAAGAUGUCUUCAGGCCACUCUAUCCCAGAAUUCAAGGCUGUGUCUGUGCCCUCUAGAGCACUGCCUCCUGAUUUCCAACUAUCGCCUAGCAUACCACAUGGAGUCAAUAGUUCUUUGGAUCCCCAUGUACCAUCUAGUCACCGUGGACUUAAUAUGAAAAAACAAUGCUCAAAUCCCAUGCAGAUACAGACAUUGUUGAAAGGGGGGGAAAAUAACAUCUCAAUUACUAACAAUAUUUAUUUGAUGACAGCUGAAAUGCACCUUCCAAUUCCCCGUGAUGUGGGAGCUGUUCAAAUUUCUGACAACAUCAUGCAGGUCCUUCAGAAUGUUCCUCUUCAUCACACUGCGAUGAAUGAGAUAUGGAGGUGCAUUCACCAAGUUGAUGGCUAUGGUCCCUUGUGUUGGCAGGCCAUCCUUAUGAAGUUAGAUAUUCCAGAGCUGUGUCAGGCCAUUGCUUCAUGUGAUGGCACGUGCAACAAAUGA